AUACUGUUGUCUGUCCGUUGAAAGGAUACAGUCCAGCGAAACACAACUGGAUUCCACAGGUUCUCCCGAAAGAUUUGGUUGAGAAAUUGUUGCGUUUGCAUGGAGCACCGUAUGCAUGGUUUGCUGGUCAACUGGCUGCAUAUAUUUUACGUCCAAAAUUACGCCUAUCUGAACUCAUUCAUCAAACCUUGAGUGCAUUCAAGGGUGAAAACCGUCACGUUGUUGGUGUGCAUGUAAGGCGAACUGACAAG